AUGUCGUCGGGAUUUGGAAAAUUUGGACCAUUAGUUGGGGCAAUCGACGAGGGCACCUCAAGUGCGCGUUUUAUUAUUUUUAAAGCUAAUUCUUGUGAAGUGGUGGCUUUAUACCAAAAGGAGCUAGAACAAUAUUUUCCACAGGAAGGAUGGGUUGAACAGGAUCCCAAUGCUAUUCUAGAAGUUGUUACCAUAUGUAUUACAAAAGCUGUAGAGCAAUUAAUAUCGUUAGGCGGGAAACCCCAGGACAUAAUAGCUGUUGGUGUUACAAAUCAACGGGAGACUACAAUUGUGUGGGAUAAAUAUACUGGAAGGCCGUUACACAAUGCCAUAGUGUGGCUUGAUAUGAGAACUUCAUCUACCAUAGAAAAGCUUCUUGACACAGUGCCUAAUAAGACUAGGAAUAAGAAUUAUUUAAAGCCGUUGUGUGGUCUCCCAUUGUCACCGUACUUCAGUGCCGUCAAGUUGAGAUGGCUAAGCGACAAUGUCGAUGUAGUGAAACAAGCUAUGAAAAAAGGGACAUGCUAUUUUGGUACUGUUGAUUCAUGGAUUAUAUGGAAUUUAACAGGCGGUCCAAACGGCGGCAAGCACGUCACCGAUGUGUCGAAUGCCUCGCGAACAAUGCUCAUGAAUAUAGAAAAUUUGAAAUGGGAUCCUUUGUUGAUUAAAUUCUUUGAAGUACCAAAAUCUGUCUUGCCAGAAAUCAAAUCUAGUUCUGAGAUAUACGGCUGUGUGGCAGAUGGUCCUCUCAAAGGCGUACCUAUAUCUGGUUGUUUGGGGGACCAGCAAGCAGCUCUAGUGGGACAGAUGUGUCUGCAGAAAGGUCAGGCGAAGGCUACAUACGGUACUGGCUGCUUUGUCCUGUACAAUACGGGAGAUAUUCGCGUGAACUCGAGCAGGGGGUUGCUCACAACCGUCGCCUACCAACUGGGCAGUCAUAAUCCACCUUGCUAUGCGCUAGAGGGCUCUGUAGCUGUUGCUGGGGCGGCUUUAGGUUGGCUAAAAGACAACAUAGGCCUGAUAGAGAAUGUUAAGAAAUCACAAGAAAUUGCUGAGAAAGCCACAGAUAACGGCAGCGUCGUUUUUGUGCCCGCCUUUAGUGGGUUAUACGCCCCAUAUUGGAGACAAGAUGCUAGAGGCGUUAUCUGUGGUAUAACAGAAGAUACAAACUCAAAUCACAUUGUCAAAGCUUCAUUAGAAGCGGUUUGUUUCCAAGUACGCGACAUAUUGGACGCUAUGAACGAAGACUGCGGCAUUCCCCUGCAAGUGUUGAAGGUUGAUGGUGGUAUGACUUCGAAUGAUCUUGUAAUGCAGAUGCAGGCUGAUCUUAUCGGCAUAGAGGUUGUAAAGGCUGGUUUCACAGAGAGCACGGCUUUGGGGGCGGCAAUGGUCGCGUUCUGGGCCGUAGAAAACAACAAGGCCGCAACCAUAGCUAUGACCAGUGGUGUCACUUACGUACCUCAGAUAAGUGAAGAUGAGAGGGACAUGAGAUACAAACAGUGGAAAAUGGCCGUUGAAAGAUCAUUGGGUUGGAAACAGAAUUGA